AAAUACAAUAUUUAUUUUUAAAAUAUACUUGCUGAUUUAUUUCCUUGUGAAAAAAUAAAAUAACAAUUUUAAAAUAAUUAAAAUUAUCAUAUGUAACAAAAAUAAAAUAUCAAUCUUUAACCAUCAGACUUCUUACGAAAAACUUUUUCACAUUAAAUUAUACAACUUAUAUAACCUAUUUUAUUGACUUUAAAUAUAUCUUUUAUUAAUUUAAAAUUAUUAUAAAUAGAUAAGAUUGAAUUAGAUUUUGAUGGUUGUAACGCAACGUUUUGCUAUGUAGGCGAUUUACACAUUCACGCAAUUGUUUCACGCAGAUCACAACUGUAGAUUGUGAUCGUGAAUAUGUAAGGCAGAGAUGUCCUGAUCGGACUCAUCGCGUAGGAUCAUAACCAAACGUUUCCUAUUUUGCGAUACAAUAUGUGAUUUUCGAGACAGUUAAUUCGGAGCAGCCGGCUAAAUUACACAUAUAUUUAUUUUUGACUCUGAUUGUCAUGGCUCAAGACUGUAGAACUUUGAAAUAUAACGUUUCUACGCCAGAAACUCUGGCUUUUACCGCUUUGCACAUUCCUUCGCUAAUUAUCCUGACACUCCUUUCAUCCUUUUUAUUCCACCUCUACAUCAGAAGUAGGAUUGUAAAGUGAAUUCGCCGUGUGCGUGAAAAAGGAUUCGGCCCGCGUCGCGAACGCUUGGAAAUCGGCGUGUUAUCGGCCAUAAUGUGCAAGCCAGAUCGUUGUGCCAGCUGCGAAAUCCAACGACCGUAAUUGUACAAGUUAUCGCUAUAGUGUUGUACCGCGCGUUUGACCAUUAUUGAAUUGAUUCUAUAAAAAAAAGUUUUGGUAACGGUUUUGUGCGUUACGUGAACAUUCAAAUUGUGUCGCAAUGGCUAUUUGAACUGUGUCAUUGUUAUGGAACGUGAAUCUCAAGACACCUUGAUUGACUUGACUGUUAUGAAUUUGAAUAUCAUAUGGCAGAGUGGAAAAUCUACGGCGGGAACAAAGGCCGAGUUAGUGACUCGAAUAUUAACCGUCCGAGAGGAUAUUUAGCGGGGCGCAAUUGAGCAUCUUGCGGAUGGCGGCUCGUCGCAAAAUUUGUUAUCGGUAAAUUUGGAUGUUCAUGCAUCAACAAACGCGUUCGGAGAAGGGAGCGUUAUAGUGUUCUGGAGAAAUCAUAACUUCGGAUCAUUAGGUGAUCUCAUCGGAAUUGAUGGCGAGAGAACUUGAAAUCCCAAAUGGAAAAGAGGGACAUAUGCCGAUACUUACAAGUGGUGCAGUACCAUGCUUGUUGUAAAUAAUAAGUAACGCCAGUACUGGUCGUCAGUGACUACGUUUACACGGCUUCUAACUUCGAUUUAGUAACGUUAAUGUUAUAACUCCUACUUAAAGUGAGGUGCGUUUAUACGUUCAGGCUUAUCUUAUCCCCACCAAGCUGAAGCAGCUUAAGAACUUUCGAGUGAAGUGAGUCAAGGAUUUCCAUUAAUACCAACAUAAAAUAACGAAAAAUUAGAUGCUUGUUUGUGGUAGAAAUGUAGUCUGAAGUUAACGAAGUGAAUUUUUAGGUUACAAUAUAAAUUUGAAAAUCAUUAAAUAUUUGUUCGUUGAGUGAGAUGUAAUAAUUUACAAAUUAAAUUAAAAUUUUAGGUUAUUAUAAUUUUUGAAAACUGCAAUUAAGUGAUAGUAUGGAAAGCGUUCGUUCAUUUGUCGCCGUAUACCUGACAACUAUAGAAAACAUGAUCAUGCAAUGUACAUUACAUGUCCGAAAUAUUUUGAUUAAACGGCGAAGGCGUCUAAAAGAAAUAAUAUUACAACACUUGUUGAAUUCAACAUCACCAAAUUAUUUGCUUGAUCUAGGGCCUAUAUUACAUUUUUCACGAGAAAGAGAAAUAUGGAUGAAAGAACGAAGUUUUGAUUGGUGGCAUCGAAUUGUUAAUGAUCAUUUUAAGGAUGAAGACUGGUUAGAAACAUUUCGGAUGACAAAAACAACUUUUUUCUGGUUAUGCAAUCAAUUACGAGACGAACCUGCUCCAAAUUUAAACCAGAUAGGCACCCGAGAACCAGUAUCAGUGGAAAAAUAGAUCGCUGUUUGUCUGUAUUUUUUAUCCAGCUGCUGUGAAUAUCGCAUAGUCGGAAAUAAUUUUGGGAUUCAUAAGGCAACUGUGUGGAAGUGUGUUCAUAGAGUAAUUGAUGCAAUUAAUAAAAAACUAAUGAGCUCGUGGAUAACUAUGCCUGACAAUGAUGAGUGCCAUAAAAUAGCUGCGGAUUUUGAGAAGAAAACGCAUAUUCCACAGUUAAUUGGAGCAAUUGAUGGGACGCAUAUCCCUAUUCUUCCUCCUAGCGAUGGAUACAGAGAUUUUAUUAAUCGAAAAGGAUGGCCCUCUAUGAUAUUGCAAGCGGUUGUAGAUAACAAAUACAGGUUUCGUAAUAUUUAUUGUGGUUCACCAGGAUCAUGUCAUGACGCUGCGGUUUUUCAGACUUCAAAAUUAUACAAGAAUCACAAUUUAUUAAUUCCCAAAGAAACAAAAAUAAUUUUAAAUGUGCCAGUGCCUUAUCUUAUAAUAGGAGAUCCUGCUUAUCCGCUAUUGGAAUGGCUCAUCAAAGGAUGCACUAAAUGUACUCGCCUCACUCCUGAGGAAGAAUCCUUCAAUGUAUAUCUGAAUUCUGCCCGUGUAUGUGUUGAAAUAGCUUUUGGAAGAUUAAAAGCUCGCUGGCGAAGAGUACUUAAACGAAUUGACGUACACUAUACUUACGUACCAUAUGUAAUAUCAGCCGUUUGCAUUUUACAUAACAUAGUCGAGACACGAAAUGACACAUUUUUAUCUGCUUGGGAACAUGCAAUAAGGGAAAUUCAACAAGCCGAAGUUCAACAACCAGAACUAAGAAGAACUCGAAACUUGGAUAAUUUUAAUGCCAGUAAGAUAAGAGAUACUCUGAAUACUUAUUUGGCUGAAAAUUUUGAACUCCGAAGAACAUUUGUAACAUAAACUGUAUGUCAUAAAAAUAACAAGUGUGCACAAGUCAUUUUUUGCGCUAUUAUUUUAUAUGUUAUAAAAUAAAUAGUCAUUUAUUUUAUAACACAAACUGUACAAUACAUAAUAUAAUAAAGUAAUUAUUAAAUUGUAA